CCCAAACAUACAAAAUGCAGAUCAUCAGCAUCAUCGCCGUCUCCUUCGCCGCCUUCGCGACCACCUUCGCCCAGAAUGCGACCAUGCCCGGGAACUCCACCAACGCUGCCUGCGUGUCCGGCUCUUACGGUUGCGAGAAUCCCCACAAUGGCCUCCAGAACAUCCGCGUCUGCACUGACGGUGUCUGGAUGGUCGCUGCCACUUGUAACGAGACCACGGAGUGCGUCAAGGAUGACAGCACCGGUGGCGUCACCUGCCAGGUCAUGGAUGGUUCCGAGAACGAGUAAGGAGACUUCGCUCGGUGUUUGAGGGAUGCAUUCUCUUAGAACGGAUAGUAUUUCGUGGCUAUUAGGUAGACAGCAAGAAAAGAAGGGGGCGGACGUUUGGUCUGGAAAUUUUGGAGAUUGUACGGAGUACUUGCAAUGACCACA